UGGUUCUGGGACUCCCCUAACAGCAUGGCCCCUAAACGCCAGGCUCCACUCCCGCCUCAAAAGAAGAAACCAAGACCAUCUCCUGCUCUGGGACCGCAGGAGAUACCGGCCUCUGCAGGCUUGCCGAAGAAGGGAGAAAAAGAACAGCAAGAAGCGAUUGAACACAUUGAUGAAGUACAAAAUGAAAUGGACAGGCUUAAUGAACAAGCCAGUGAGGAGAUUUUGAAAGUAGAACAGAAAUGUAACAAACUCCGCCAACCAUUUUUUCCGAAGAGGUCAGAAUUGAUCACCAAAAUCCCAAAUUUUUGGGUAACAACAUUUGUCAACCAUCCACAAGUGUCCGCACUGCUUGGGGAGGAAGACGAAGAGACACUGCAUUAUUUGACCAGAGUUGAAGUGACAGAAUUUGAAGAUAUUAAAUGAGGUUACAGAAUAGAUUUUUAUUUUGAUGAAAAUCCUUACUUUGAAAAUAAAGUUCUCUCCAAAGAAUUUCAUCUGAAUGAGAGUGGUGAUCCAUCUUCAAAGUCCACCAAAAUCAAGUGGAAAUCUGGACCGGAUUUGACGAAACGUUCAAGUCAAACGCAGAAUAAAGCCAGCAGGAAGAGGCAGCAUGAGGAACCAGAGAGCUUCUUUACCUGGUUUACUGACCAUUCUGACGCAGGUGCUGAUGAGUUAGGAGAGGUCAUCAAAGAUGAUAUUUGGCCAAACCCAUUACAGUACUGCUUGGUUCCCGAUAUGGAUGAUGAAGGAGAAGGAGAAGAAGAUGAUGAUGAUGAUGAAGAGGAGGAAGGAUUAGAAGAUAUUGAUGAAGAAGGGGAUGAGGAUGAAGGUGAAGAAGAUGAAGAUGAUGAUGAAGGGGAGGAAGGAGAGGAGGAUGAAGGAGAAGAUGACUAAAUAGAACACUGAUGGAUUCCAACCUUCCUUUUUUAAAAUUUUCUCCAGUCCCUGGGAGCAAGUUGCAAUCUUUUUUUUUUUUUUCCUCUUGUGCUCAGUCGCCCUGUUCUUGAGGUCUCUCUUCCCUACUCCAUGGUUCUCAACUUAUUUGGGGGGAAAUACCUUGAGCAGAAUACAAUGGGAAAAGAGUCUCUACCCCUUUCUGUUCGACGUUCAUUUUUAUCCCUUUCUGUCUGAACAAAAACUGUAUGGAAUCAACAUCACCGAGCUCUGUGGGAAAAAAGAAAAACCUGCUCCCUUCGCUCUGCUGGAAGCUGGAGGGUGCUAGGCCCCUGUGUAGUAGUGCAUAGAAUUCUAGCUGUUUUCCUC